AAGGGUCAGUGGUUGGUCACUUAUUAUUACAUUUUACUACGCAAAUUCUGACCCUUAAUUAACAUUUGAUUAUCCGCCUACGACCCAUAAAAUUCCUAUUAACUCAUUUAAUUGUUGUUUUCCAGUGGUUCAAAAGGUCUGCUAAUUCGUGAAACUGACGCUAUGAAAAGCAACAGUAGAAUGGAAAAUGGAGAUAUCACAGUCAGAGAAACUCAUUGCAAUAAUUUGACGACUUGGUGGAGUAGUAGGACGAAAAACGAGAAGAAAUGCUCGUACUGUGUGUUUGGCCUCAUGUUGUCCGCAACACUUGGCUUGGUGGUGUAUUUUGCAUUAUUUGCAGAUAAAAACAUCGUUUGCAAAUCAAGCGAGUGUCAAGCAGCAUCCACCCAAUUAUUGGGGUUCAUCGACAAUAGCCAGAAUGCCUGUGACAACUUUUACCAAUUUGCAUGUGGAAGUUCAAGAGAGACUAACACCUCUGCUGGCUACCAAAAUAUCAUGGAAGAUGAUAUUGACAUUCUAAUUAGGCAAAUGUUGGAUUCAGAGAGCAAUAAUUCAAACAUACCAUCGAUAGAUCUAGCGAAACAGUUUUACAAAGUUUGCUUUAACAAUGGGGAAACUCGCAAUGGCAUGAAACAUUUAACUUCUGUGUUGCACCUUAUCGGGGGCUGGCCCGUUUUAGAAGGACACGACUGGAAAGCGGAGAGAUUUACGUCUUGGGCCGUGGCAGUAAGAACAUUGCGCAACUACGGAGUAAACUUUAAUAUUUUUUUCGAUAUCAAUGUCGACGUGGAUCGAGAGCAUCCAGAAAGAUACAUUUUAAGUAUCCAUCCAAAUCUUAAGCACCGCUUUUUCAAUGGUAAUAACUCAGGAGAGUUUAUUCUUAAUUACAUGAGUGAUAUUGCUGCGCAGUUUUACCCGCAAAAAGGAAUUCAAAGACAGGAGCUUAUCGACGUUCUAAAUUUCAUUUUCAGCUUGGAGAAGAUAUCAGAAAAGUCCAGGCGAUUGACCGCGAACAAACCAAAUAAUCUCUUCUAUACCAUAAGCGACCUGCAGAGCGAGUACCCAACUAUUCCUUGGAUUGAAUAUCUAGAAGGAGUUUUGCGCGCAGUUCCGCUGAGACCAGACGACGUUAUUAACGUUGCUGAUCCUCUUUACCUGAAGUACUUACAUAGUCUCUUAAAUAGUACAAACCCCAGGAUUAUUGCCAAUUUCAUGGGAUGGCAAGUUAUUCAAUCUCUAAUCAACUUCUUACCACCAACCGUCCAAGACAAGUCGUAUACUUACUUGGAGAAAAUUAAUGGAGACUUUUAUAGGAAGCCCAGGUGGAAAAUUUGCGUGGAAGCGAUUAGGGAAAGGAUGAGUGCUGUAAUAAAUAUGGGCUACAUAAAGCUAUAUUUCGACAAUGACACCAAAUACCGUGUGAUGGAUCUUAUAAGGGCAGUGAAGAAUACUUUCCGCAAACGCCUUCUAAUGGCCGAGUGGUUAGAUAAAGUAACUAAAAGAAAAGUAAUGAAGAUUUUGAUGUCCAGCGUGGUAAAGUUGUACUCGGAUAGUGACUUGGUAAACCUCGCACAAGAAAGCUCGUUUUACAAUGAGAUUAAUAUUGAACAAGAUGAACUGUUAAAGGGGGUACUACAUUUGAACUUAGUGUAUUGGGAUCUGCACUAUGCUCGACUCAUAGCGCCAGUCCAAGACGAAUGGGUAAGAUCGCAAACAUUUCUCAGUGGCAGCAAAGUCUCGUAUUCAGCCACUGAAAAUAUUCUUAAAUUUCCUCUUGGGAUAUUUCGAGGGAUCUACUUCGACAGCAGCCGACCGGAUUACAUGAACUACGCCCUCUUGGGCAAUGUGCUGGGCCAUCAAAUUUCGCAUAUAUUUGUUGACGGCCAACUAGCCAAUAUGCAAGCAUCGAAAUCUGCACAACAAAAAAUUUUGAACUGGUGGUCUGCGGAAAGUUUGCAAGCAUACCUGGAUAUAAUGCAGUGCAUCAGCAAUCAAUUUUCCCGCUUCCAAGCACAAACAAUCGGAACUCCCCAUGUAAUACAUACGAUUGGUCCUUUGCAAAAUUUGGAUGAAUUUGCUCGCGACUUUAAAUGCUCCAUUGGUUCCUACAUGAAUCCCAGAGAGAAGUGCCGCAUCUAACAGAGGAAAAUUAGUUGUAAUUAUUAUACGGAAGCGCAUGCUUUUUCUUUCUUGGAGGCUGCAGUCAAUUCUGGAACAGAGAACAGUUAAAUUUCUCUCCACAAAAACACAAAAUUUAUAAAAAUAGUUCGUACUUAUUUUUGGUGAUAUAUUUCAAAGCUAUAAUACAAGUCAGACGAUUACAUACAUGGGUAACUAAAUAAUAUUCACAUUGUAUUUACGUGUUAAAAUUAUUAUUGAGAUUCACGUCAGUUAUUCAUUAACAUUUAUGUACAUUUAUAAUUUAAAA